CAGCAGGAGAAGGCGGCCCUUCGUCGUAAGGCCAAGGAGGAGAAGCUCGCGAAGCGUAACGAGAGGACGUUCGCGAAGUCCUUGGCCAACUUCCAGGAGUCGUCGUUCGAGCGUGCCCGGGCGUUCGUGGACGGACAACUGGACGACAAUCCGGGAUGGGCCAAGACGUUCGGCGAGUUGCCGACCGAGGCCAUGGCCUUCAUGCUUGAGGCCAUCGGCGUGAAGGUCGGCGACGGGGUCGUUCGGGACGUUCUGUCCAACUUCUUCCUCGUGCAGUUCUUCGUCGACGAGUCGGUCGCACUGCCUGCCGGAAGUCGGUCGUUCGAGGUCUUGGACAAGAUCGCCAAGGACCGUUUCAAGGCCCUCCACGAGGUCAAGGUUGCUCCGGUCGUCGAGAAGGACUUCGACGGCAACUGCUGGGCGAUCGACGAGGAUGGUGCCGUGACGUUCGCCCUCAGCAGGGACUCUCAGAAGCUCCCGGCCCUCAGCACCG